CCAACCUCGUGCACUACAAGCGAAAACUGUGAUUUUCUGGUGACAUACAAUGCCACCAAGUCACUGAGUAGAGUUGAUUUCGAGCUCAGUGGUAAAGGAGACUGGAUAGCCCUGGGUUUUAGCGAUGACCAAUUAAUGGUAAGUUGUAAUGUCUCAAGAAUGCACCUUUAUAUAUUCUUAAUUUUGCUUUCCCCAUGAACGUCACGGGAUGUUACUCUAGGGCGCUGUGUCUUUGAAAUUUUGUCGUAUUUACACGCUUAUGAACGCAUAAUGAAAAAAAAUCAACGGGCAAUUGUUAACUAACUUGUACCAAGUAGGCCAGUUUACAGUUAUGAAUGGCCGGGGUUGACAUUACUUUGAUACAAAAAAAGUCAACUUCAGCCUCACUUUCACUAGAAGGCUAGGUUACUAAGUCCACAACUGUGAAUUGGUCUACUGGCAAAAUAAUACACACACGCUGGUGUGAUAUUCCCAAAAUGACUUCUUUGUUUGUUUGUUUUUCUUCCUAAACCAAGGACGAGGAAAAGCUACACCAAAACGGAGGGGGAGAGGGGGGUGGGGGGAACUUUUUUUCAGAGUUUACAUACACUCUUUGAUUUAACAUGAAUCAAUUAUUUUUGCCAUGUUUUCUUCAUGAACGUUUAUUUUUCUAGAUGACGAAGCUACAAAUCUCUUUUAAAAAUACUUUAAUAGACUCUCCCCUUGUAGUAGUUUAGUCCUUCUCAGUGUAGCAAUUGCGGUAUAGGUGAAGCAUAAAUCCACCAAAAAAAUGAACAGUAACUCUCUUUAAAUGGCAUAAAGUCAAAGAAUUAACUGUUGAAUACAUAAAUCACACAGCCAAAUAUCGAGAUUCUGAUGUGUGUCAAUAAUCAAGCACUGAGUGGUCACUAUUACGCAACAUCACGAUCGACACCGCCAAGGACAACGCCAGUAAGUAUAGUGUGACUUUCAAUAAGGUUUCCUCCAGUGGUACUUUGAACCUAUGAAAAUGAGGCAUUGUUCAUUGAUUCCUAUUCCACCUGUCGAAUCUCAUUUUCCCUCACGACACAGUUACUAAGCCAGUUACUAGCUUGUACACGGGAUCCUGUUAACCAGAAAUGGUUAAGGGGGCAUCCAUGUUUUAUCACAGCGGUAUGAUCAAUAAAACGCUGAAUAAGCCAAUAAAGGGCAAGAUUACUAUAAAAUAAUCUGUGUAAAUAUCGUUCUCGUCAAGAUACAUGUACAUCAAAAGCAUUGGAUACCGUAAAACAGAUAGCAUUAUCAUAAAUAGCAUUUUAUAUCAAGACAUUUUCACAAUAAGGAGGACGCUAAAAACUUUGCGUGACCAAGAGCUCCGCGCAGGGGCGCUCGUUUGGUGACAAGACAAGUUAUUAAACACAGAGUCAAAUAGUGAAAAUUCAGUUCAAGCAAGUGAUGUGAACAACGUGAAGGUGAGCGAACGAAAGCGGUGAGCACAGGGUAAAACACGUUCAAGAGCGAUAUCGUCCGGAACACCCUAGAUUCUGAUCGGCAGGAAAGAAGAUAUGCUUAAUAUAGCCUGCCGCCUGAGGCUGCAAACCAUUAUCUAAACAAUGCCAUGCCAUAAAAUCCCAUUAUAUGGUCAAUAAUGGUGUCUUUUUUGUCUUCAACAUGACAAUUAUUAAUUUUGUCAUUAUCAUCAUUAUCACCAUCAUCAUCAUUGGCCAUGAGGAAAUAUAAAGCUUAAGUGUGACGAUUAUUACGAAUUAUAACAGAAUAUUCCAUCAUAAUUGUGAAUUAUAUUUUUGUUUACGACUUAUAUUCUAUUUACUUAAUUAGGCCAAUCUUCUAAUCGAGCAUCGAGCCACUAAUGUUUUCAUUAUACUACAGGAUUUUUGUGUUUUUUUAUUCCAGACACCAGCAGCAGUACAAUUUAUCGAGCAAGCAGACGAGAAUAAUAUCAUAAAAUGCAGGCAUGUAGUAUGAUUGUUACCUUGGUGUAUAAUUUCUGCAUUUACCGAAGUGAUUCAUUUAAAAGAAUUUUUAAGUAAGUGAUUCUUAUAACCAACUGAAAACAAGUUAGCUUAAUCUCUCUGUUCCUUUUAGGGUUUCAAGAGAUGUAAAUCCAGUCCAAGCAAUACCAAAUUCUAUCGAUCUUAACCAAGACGUAUUCCUUUUAGCUGCAUAUGGAAACGUCGCAGGUUUGUUCCGUUUCAUUUUCUUAGUUUGGGUUUGCUGCUGUUGCUCGAUUUUCCAUCAUUCUUUACAUCCCGUUUAAAGUAAAACAUUAUCUACUUUAGGGCGUUCAGAUUGUUGUAAUCAUUUUCGGUUACGACAAACCUGCAAAAUGUAGUAUGCUUUGAUGAGAUGUUUACCUACCAUAUAUAAAUACUCAAUACAGUAGAUAUAAUAUUUCAUCUUGUUGUCGUUGAGAUGUAUUGUCUCAAUUCUUCCAUUUAUCAAUCUGUGUACCUGGCUAUUUUGCUUCUCUUUUUAGAGACCUAGCCUUAGAAAUGUGUUUUGCGACAGUCUGAAAAAACUACUAAACUACUUAAUAUUUUUACGGAUUACUGUUAUUAAAAUCCGUAAGGGAAAGCAAUUAAUUUUUACCCGCAAAGACCCAACCGUUAACCGUAAAUGCCACGAAAAACUCAAAACAGCGAUAAUCAAUCAUUCCUUUCUCCUCUAAGGUUCCGUUAAGGUGGCUCGAUAUAGUUUAUCAAGGCCAGUACCUCCCAAGUUUGAGCAUAAACUACGUCGCCAUAAACAAAGUUUUGGAAAAAUUGCCACCAUAGUUGUAUUAGAUAAAGAUGAAAAUUUGUUAUGAUCAGGGUUGCAAUGACAUCGGAGUUGUCAUAGCAACGAAAGGACGCUAUUACCUAUUUUACUCACAGAAUUAUUUCUCGGCACUGGGAACUGUUCUUCCAAAAUCAUUCACGGGAGCUUUUUCCUCCAAUAGUCGCCUCAAUGUUCGUGAAGUUUAAGCGAAAUCUGUAAGAGCGUUAUCGAGAAAUUUUGGGAUAAAGAUUUUGUGGUUAGAAAUACGGUAAAAAAUGGAUGAUCUUGAUGUUCGGCUGUUAUGUGUAGAAAAUGAGGCGCUUUUGACAUGCAAUUUCACCUCACAGUAGUUUCAAUCUUUUUAAAAACGUGUGUGGAGAUAGCUCCUGCCGAUUGCUAGAAAGAAGGAUUUGAUUAGUAUGUAUCGAGGCGCUUUUGUUAGCGUUUUUGAACAUUUUGGUCUACUUUAACAAAUUAGCGAAUAAUUUUUAAACAGCUCGAUAGAUUUUUUAAAAAAUCUAGGAUUCUUGAGAUUAACCUUCCUUUUAUAUGACUUUUUAGUUUCAAGAUUAUUGAUAUAUUGUAAGGCAGUUACCUCAGUUCCGACUUAAAAGAGUUUUCUAUUUCUUCUUCUCCACUGAUAUUUAAAUUCCUUCCCUCCUCUCUUAAGUCUAAAUUACGAAGUCUGUUUUUCUCGCGCCUAUCAUCGGCCAAGCACUUGGAGGAUCUACUGUGCUCGACUUGCCGCUAUUCUAUUCUUUGUCACUGUUUUUCAUAGUCCUACUACAACCACUAUUACGUCUUUUUAUUUAUAUUUAUGUAUAUAUGUAUACAUGUUCAUUUAUAGUACAUAUUUUGCCCCCCUUCGUCGAUUUAUAUAUUAUUCAUUACGUGUUUAUAGCCUAUUCUACUUUAAAUAUUGUCUCUUUUGUGUAUAUAUAUAUAUUUAUAAAUUUAUUUGUUUUUAGUCUUCUAAAUUUAUUUAUCUAUUUAUCUAUUUUUUUGAGGGCCGUAGGUUAGAAAACUGUAAAAGGUUAUUGCGCUUCCCUCUUUAAAUAAAGUUAUUGUAUUGUAUUGUAUUGUAUUGUAUUGCAGUAAAAUAAGGGCUACAAUUCGCCAAUAUUUUGGCAGAAAUUUUGUGUUUACAAAUGUGAGCCUCUCAUUAUUGAGGGUAUUGUCUCCAAGUUUCAUAUUUUCGCGCAUUAGCUAGCAUUUUUGCGUAUGUCAAAUGCAUUGUUAGUUACUGUUGUUCACGUGAAAAUGAAACUUGGAAACAAUGCCUUGAAUAAUGAGAGGCUUUCACUUGUAAUAACGAAACUUCCGAUAAAAAAGUAACGAAUUGUAGCCCUUAUUCUACUGCCUUACAAUGUAUCAAUAAUCUUGAAACUAAAAGGUCAUAUAAAGGGAAGGUUAAUCUCAAGAAUCUUAAAUUUUGAACAAAAUCUAUCGAGCGGUUUAAAAACUAUUCGCUAAUUUGUUAAAGAAGACCAAAAUGUUUACAAAACCGCUAACAAGAGCGCUUCGAUACAUGCUAAUAAAACCCUUCUUUCUAGCAAUCGGCUGGAGGUAUCUCCAUGAUCUUUCACACACGUUUUUAAAAAGAUUGAAACUUCUGUGAGGUGAAAUUGCAUGUAAAAAGCGCUUCAUUUUCUACAGAUAACGGCCAAACAACAAUAUUGUCCAUUUUUUACUGUGUUUCUAAUCACAAAACUUCAUCCCAAAAUAUCUCGAUAACGCUCUUACAGAUUUCGCUUAAACUUCACGAACAUCGAGGCCGCUAUUGGAUGAAAAAGCUCCCGUGAACAAUUUUGGAAGAGCAGUUCCCAGUGCCGAGAUAUACUGCUGCAAGGAAAAUAGGUAAUAGCGUCAUUUCGUUGCUAUGACAACUCCGAUGCGGUUGAAACCCUGAUCAUAACAAAAUUUUCAUCUUUAUCUAAUACAACUGUGGUGGCAAUUUUUCCAAAACUUUGUUUAUGGCGAUCUAGUUUAUGCUCAAACUUGGGAGGUAUUGGCCCUGAAAAACUGUAUCGAGCCACCUUAAGUCGAUUAUUCAUGCGCAUGAUGCAAAAGGUUGGUAGAAUGGCUAUUAUUAUUUGAACAGGUUCAAGUCUUCAACUGCACAUUAGGAGGGAGGCCUCUCCCAAAAAGGUCAUGGUUACCCAGUCUUAUUCUACUGUCACUAAUGGAUCCCAGGUUCCCCAGGUCAAUUCUUCUAAGGUGAGUUGAGUGCAUAUUAUCUUACAAUGUAGGUCAUUCAAAAAAAGUUAAACUUAACUAAGCCGCACCAGCCCAAAGUUGAAACUACAUUCCAAUACAAGAAUUGAGUUGCAUAAUAGUACAUGUGAUCGAACAAUUUUCAAACAACGAGCCUUCGCAUUGGGUGUGAUCUCAAACAUGUUAAGGCAUGACCCAAAGCCUAAUUUGCAUAAAAGCUGCAAAGAGUCAUAACUUCAAGAGAAUUUACGUAAACAUGAUAAAUCGUGGUAAUAACAUAAAACAUGACAUCGUUAAGUCAGUAUUCUGUUUAAAAGAGGAUUUUUGGGGUCACGUGACCUGUUAUAGCCGUUUUCUUACGGGAAGAGAAAAGUGAAAAUGUGCCGCACAGAUGACAUGUAAUGCGAGUAUAUGUUAAAACACCGAGGUAAUUGUCUGGUUUCACCACUUAAGAAUCUGUCCAGAAUGGACGACUACCAUUUAUCGUUUAACUAAUAAUUUCAAAAAUUAGGUCGUGUGACCAUUUUAUUCUUGUAAUAGAAUAGAAUAGAAUAGAAACUUUAUUAAAGUGUCAAAAACCGUCUAGCCAGGGAACAAAUCCCUUACUAAUUUGGGGACACCAAUUAGGGGAGAAUAUACAAACUAAAAACUAUAUACAGUAGUAGGUAAAAUAUCUAUAGUUAACUAAUUAAGAGAUUUAUAGUAAAAAUACACAGAAGUCAAAAUGAACAAAGGCUACAGCCUGCGCAGCCAUCAUCUAAAAGUUCACUUAUAUUGAGUUGGCGUAUCUUGCUUUUAAACGACGUUAGGGUUGUGACGUCCCUGAUACUCUUGGGUAGUUUUGUCCAUAGCCUAGGCCCUAAAUAUCUAAUAGAGUGCUUGCCAUAGGUGACUGUCUCAUACCUAGGUAUAGAGAAAUCUGCUUGCCGCAGAUUGUAAUUACUAUUUGGUUCUUUAAAGAUGUUACUUAUAUAUGCAGGGCACAGUUUAUGUUUUACUUUAUACAUAAGGAUGCACAGAUCCUGUAAGCGACUAUUUAGUAGUGUUGGCAGAUCUGCCUUCUCUAAUAGUUGUUCAUAACUAGAAUUAUUAUCCUUGAAAACCGCUCUAAGUCCUCUUUCUUGUAGUCUUUCAAGCUUUCGAGUGUCACUCGCUUUACAAAAAUGCCACACUAGGUGACAGUACGUGAGGAAUGGUAAUAUCGCGCUUUUGAAUAAUAUUAACUUAGAUUUCAUAGGAAUUAAAUUACGUAGUCUCAUUAGAACACCAAUUCUCUGGCUGGCUUUUUUACAGAUAGAGAUUACAUGCUCAGAGAAAUUUAGCUUAGAAUCUAACACUACUCCUAGAAGUAUGAUAUUAUCUUUAGAUUCAAUCACAACAUCAUUCACGCAAAUAUUGCUGUCAUUUUGAGUGAAGCCCAAGUUCAAAACUUGGUACUUUUUGAGGUUUCCCGCCAAUAAGUUAGAAUCGUACCACGUUGUUGCUAAGUUGGCACUAUCCUUUAACUGGGAAGUCACAGCUGCCUGGUCUGCUCCUGCGUGGUAAAUUUGAUGGUCGUCGGCAUACAUAGACAAGUUCGCUGUUAGGCAGUAGGAUAGGUCAUUCUGGAAAACAUUCCAUAACAACGGGCCAAGCGCGGAACCCUGAGGACAGCCACGACUCACGAAUCGGCUAGAACUAACAUGACGGCCGAUCUUUACUUGAUAUUUCCGUUCAUUUAAAUAGCUGUUUAAAAGUUGAAUAGCGCUUUCCUGAAAACCGUACGCUUCAAGCUUGUUCAGAAGUAGUGGUGGGUGUAACGAGUCAAAUGCCUUUGACAUGUCAGUUGAAAGUAUGCUCACAACCUGUUUUCGAUCCCUCGCCAGUCUCCAAUCUUCUACUAAAUUGAUCAAUGUUGUUUCGCAGCUGUGAGCUUUGCGAUAAGCGGAUGAGUGUUGGUAAAUGCGAUUACCAAAGCCAGAGUUGAUCUGCGCUCCAACCAACUUCUCAAGAACUUUACUUACACAUGGUAAGAGAGUUAUGGGCCGGUAGUUUUCCUUUGCAUUCCUGUCAUCCUUUUUGUAUACUGGGGCCCAAUGCCCAUACUUCCAUUCACUAGGCCAUGCAUUCUUGUUAAUACAAGAAUUGAACAAGGUGGUUAGUGGAGCGGAUAAUUCAUUAGCACCUGUUUUUAAAGCCUUUGAAGGAAUUCCAUCAGUGCCGGUGGCUUUGUUUAUGUUCAGCGAAUCGAGAACUGCAAGGACUUGUCCCUGUGUAACCAAUUCGAUUUCGAUGGUCUGAGUGGAAUUCCUAUUUAAUAACUUCUUAAUGGGGAGAGAUUUUUCUCUGUUCUGGACAGAAAUUAAAUCUAUGCACCAAGUCAAUGAAUACUGCAUGGUUCUUUGCCUGCCACAUUUAAACACCAUUGGCUCAUUUCAUAUUCCUCUUUCUCUUUCAUCAUGACCUCAUCAAACACGUGACCACAGUUAAAAAACUCUUAAAAUGUUAAGGAGGUUGAAUUAUUUCUGCUUCGUACUUCGAAUGGUCCAAGGAAGCUAAUUUCUUCGCGGGGGGUAUAAGAACAGAGAAAGGGCCAUGCCUUAACAUACUUGAGAUCUAUAUCAACUGCAAUCUAUAGCCGUUUCCCCAUUACAUAGAUAUGGUCAGCUGUAGCUCACAGCAUUGACAUCGUAGGGACCUUACGAAACUACGACAUCGACAGCAACGAUAACGUCUAAAACACAAAAGCUUUUAUGAGCAAAACAACAACUCCGCACGUGCAUCACGCUGUUUCUACAUUUCUUUGACGCCCCUACACAACUACGAGGUGAGAUGACCAUAUUUUGAGUUGACUUGAGAACGGGAAUGGCAAGGCGAUGAAUUUUACUAUCUCUUUCUAAACUCGCACGCGGUCCUCUCAUUUCAGCCCCAAACUAACUUCCCUACUUUAAAGUAAUUGGGUGACUUGGUGUAAGGGCAAAAAAGUAUCAAAGGAUCGAGGCAAAGUCUAUUUUUCAAAGACAUUUUUAUCGCCGUUGUUGGAUUGUAAGGUUUCUAAUAAACAACAACGUCGAACUGUAUCAAUAUUAAACAAUACAUAUGAUACCAUUAGCCAUUACCAUUAUGAUACAAUAGUCGAGUCACUUACAAAUAAAUUAAUGAUACUAGCGUGACCAUCAUCUAUACCCUUCUGGUAACAAUUCAAUUUCGAAAUCGAUAUUUCCCAGGAUAUGGAUAGUAGGCCGUGUCAGUCCAAUCCCUAACGUUGAUAACCCAACAAAAGAGAGUACGUGUACAUUUUAGACCGAUAUCAGUACUUCCGUUUCUGUCCAAAGUAAUCGAGGAACAUGUAAGACGUCAAAUAGUUGAUUACAUCGAAUUUUAUCAAUCCUUAAAAGCAAAUUAUUGCUGAAUUCCGUAAAGGACACUGGUGCUAUUACGCAUCAGAGACGGCAUUAUUAGGGCCAUGAAAAAGGGCCAACUUAAUUUAAUGGUAUUGGCCAAUUACUCGAAAGCAUUUGACACUGUAUCGUAAUCUGCUGUCGUCCAGAAGAUGUUAAAAUUGGGUUUCUCAAACUGUUUUCUACAUUGGAUGACAAACUACCUUUAUGAUCGCUUUCAGUAUGUUCAACUUGAGAAUCGUUACUGGAACAUUUACAUUUCGGUGUUUCCCAGGGGUCAAUUUUAGGCCCGUUAGUGUUUAAGAUAUAUAUUGCCGAUCUGCAGGAUAACCUCAGUGACUCCAUUUCGUGUUAUCAAUUAUACGAUGAUGAUACUACGCUUUACAAACAAUGCUCUGUUAAAGAUCUCGCACAAAAUGUUCUUGAUUUUAAUAACUCUCUCAGCCACAUGGCUUCGUGGUUCUUUAAAGUCCAAUCUCGCCCUAAAUCCAGUGAAAGCUAAGCCGAUGCUGUUAUCAUCAAGCCAGUGACUAGCUUUCGUGGUCUCAAACAUGAAAACCUCAAUUUAGAAAUUUAGAAUCUUCAACUGGAAAGAGUCAAUGAGACAAGGCUACUAGGAGUGAAAUUCCAAGAGAAGUAAAAUUGGAAUAAUCUUGUCGAGAACAUCGCUGGUGCUUCUUAUGGAGUCUUACGCACAUUGCGAAAAUUAAAACCUUUUCGCUCCAUUAAAGAAACUAGACUUGUAUUUCCCUAUGUGGAGGGUUGAAUGAACUUCUAAGGAUUAUAUAGUUAUACUGGCGCGUGAUUCUUCCCUAAAACUCCUUAAAACUGGGUGCGUUCGUUCUACCUAUCACGCCUGUACAACUGAAACGGCUCCUUCAAAAAGACCAUACAUAUAUAUUUGAAAACACAUUACUUGUGACCUUUCCCUUUUCAGACGGCCACCACUAUGGAACAGCCGAGAAGCUUUAGGUUUCCAGAUAAUUGCCCGGAUGCAGAUUGCGAUUUUCUUGUGACAUACCAAGCCUCUGGUGAUUAUCGGGUGGUUAUUGAACUAAGAGGCAGAGGAAACUGGGCAGGCGUGGGAUUCAGUGGUGAUAACCAAAUGGUAAGCAACCUUAAUCUGCAGGAUUAACUUAUCUGUUGAGGCAGGCGUAUAAGGAAGUAAUGAAAGACGAUUGCUUCAUGAGCAAAUUUUUCGCAUCCAAAAAUUCAAAAAAUAGAGGCUGUUUUCUAAGAGUGAGUGUGCCAAUGGAUUGGAGGCACUCGCGGUUAGCGGUUAAUAAAUUUGUCUUUUUAACGCUAACGUUUAAUUGUUUUUCUGUAAUACUGCAGUUAACCGCGAAACUAAGCUUACAAAAGUCAGUUGUUCCAAAAGUUCAUAAUUAAACUUUUAAUGGUCCCAAAAUCACUCUAAUUUAUUUGGAAGUCUCUUAGGAUAUUUCCCUGAUAAAAAGGCUGAAACAGGCUACAUCAGCCAAGAACCUAAUCACAUACAUUCCCAGCAUGCGAUUGACACUCUCUAAAUGGCAUGUUGUGGUUAGGAAAAUGUUUAUCAAUCAACUUUUUUUACGCCCAACUAGUUUCUAAUAAUUGUAGCCCUGUUGAGGCUCUUUCUAACUCUUACCUCCACAGCCUGAUACCGACAUACUUAUUUGCGCUAGUGAUACCUCACUGAGUGGCCAUUAUUACGCAACAGCUAGAACAACACCAACUAGGACAGUUCCAGUAAGUCAUUUAUUGCUGUUUUUUAUUAUUGGCGAUGUAGCCAGUUCCGUUUCUCGCUCCCUUGCCUUUAAUUAGUUCUCAUCAUAUUUAUUUAGCAUGUAGUUAUCGCAAGUUACGACUGCAGCCGCCCGACCAUUGCUUCUCUUUGAUUCCAAAGCUCAUCUUCGCCAUUGUCGCUUUUUCUCCCGUUUCUAUCGGACUAUAAGCACGUGCGAAAUUUCAUUUUACUCAGUCUAAGCUCUUUCUACACUUCUGUACCUGAGAUACUGGCAUAUUUUUACAAAUUUUAACGCAUUCUCUUCGUGGUCACAACAGUAUAUACAGUUUUAUCACGAGCAAGUAAAAUAGAGUAAUACAUUUCGAGAACGUUCAGACAUGUACGUUUAACAGAACGUUUUGUUUUAAGAUUAAAUUAAAAGAAAAAGGUGACUGAGAUACAUAACAUAGAGAAGAUGAAGCCACUCAAGAAAUUUACCGAGGUACCAGGUUGAAUCAUGAUAUCAACUCUUAUUAGCCAAAACCUUUUAUUUUUUAUUAUUAAUUUUUUUUUUAUAGGCUCCACUGGCGGUAGAAAUCAGUGACCAAUCAUUUAAUGGUGGCGUGGUGUCUUGCAGGUAACGUAUCAUCAUCAUUAUCGUCGUUAAUUAUCAUAGACAUCCUAUUCAUUAUCAAUAUAAUCAUAUCAUUAUAUUUAGCAAUUAUUCGCCAAAGGCGAAGUAAAUAUUGUUGAAUAAUUCGUCUCGGGGAUUAUUCAACAAUAUUAACUGAGCCUGAUGUGAACAAAUGCUUUAGUAUAUUCACACGAAGUGAUCUCAACAGAAUCAGAAAGGAAACCUUUAAAAAAUAUAUUGGGUGAGUUUGAUUGAAUUGAUUGAAUUCGUGCGUGAACACGAAGCCGUAAAUAGUGGAUGCGCAAGAGUUAGAUCUUUACAGUGUCUUCAAACAUGGCAAAUGAUAGUUUUAAUCUUUUUGUAUCGAUUGUUGUACCUUUAGCAUCAACGGUUUAAAAGAAAACGCCGAAAAUUUAAAUUACUCCCUAAUUCUGAGAAGAAAAGUAGAGCUUUGUUUGUUUUUGUCAACUCACUGUGAAUGAGAAAGUUUUAUUUGUCGCUUUCUCCAAAGUGCUAUCAACAGCGGCUACGAUCAAGGUGAGCGUCGUUUAUCUGCAGUGUUCUUUGCCUUGUUAACGUGCUGGCACUUACAGUUUUCGAAAAUAUCUGCCUUCCUUUUUUCUCCAUAAAUUAACUUCUAUUUAUAGGCAAAAUUGGUCUUGCGAGAAAAUCCCGAAAUCACAAAACAGUAGCAAAGCGGCCUCGUUUUCCUCUGUAGUGGUAAACAUAGCUUCGAAAGUACCAAAAGUCAGCUACAGUAAACCACUUCACAAUAAAUUAAAAUCACGCUGUUUAAACACCAUGAAGUCUUUCCCUACCUUCAAAGUCAUCAACACUUAGAAAUUCUUGUAGUUUCAAAAAGCUCUUACUAUGUAACUUUGGCAAAACACCCAGUUCACGACAGCGAUUUUGUUCUGCUUUAUAUUCACCGCCUAGCGCGGUGAAUAUUUAACAUUUAUUCCUCGAGCCCGAAUGGACUCUGAGUCAAUAGCUAUUGACUCAGAGGCCAUUCCGGCUCGAGGAAUAAAUGUAUAGUAAAAUCCAAGUAGUUGGUCAUAAAUUUCGAGAAAAAACAACUUUAGUUAGCAAAACGCGAUUCAGCCGCCAUUGUUUUGGUUUUCAAAGUCGGCGCUUUUCGCUGCUAGUGGGCUAUAACAUAUAGCCUAGUAGAAGCUCAACCAAUCUGAACGCAGCAUUGAUAAUAGACCACUAGUUGGAUUUUGCUAAAACGUCAUAGUCCGAGAUAGCGAGCCAAUCAGAUUGCUUGAAUCACCAAGAUCACUGAGUGUGUAUAUACUAAUAUCAUAUUCUCAAAACUGUUGGAUCAUAUUCAUUUACUGAAAAUCCCUGCAAAAUGCAGGAAAUGGCAUUUGCGACACCCUUAAUUUAAAUGUUUUCUGGGGGAACAUGCCCCAGACCCCCUGGUUUGAAGCGCCUUCAGCUUUCUAACUUUCUUCACGCUGAUUUCUCUCACAUUUCGACCUUGAUUUGCAGUUGGAAUUCGAUAAGUUCUUGUUAGGAUAACAGGGGAUUAUCCGUGACAACCAGAUCAGUGGUGAUUUUCUAUGGCCAAUGGAGUUACAAUAUUACUGGUAUACGAACAUUUGAGAAAUCUUGAACAGAAAAAAAACACCCACCUCAUUCACUUGCUUCAAGCCUACUUAAGCCAAAGACGGGCUACGCGGUCAACCAAAAAGGAACUCUUUGACUAUCAUAUUAUUUUACGCGCGUAAAUACGUAAGGCAAUACCACAACCAUUCCCCAAAAUGUAGCCUAGUGCAUGAUGUCAAUUAUGUUACUGUUUUAUAGAAUUACAAGGGAAAUAAACCCGGUAUCAGCGAAUUUUAGAAAUCUUGAAGAGCAGCAGUUUCUUUUGGGAGCAAUCGGUGAUUUAAACGGUAAGAAAAUAUCUGAUACGUUAAUCAGGAAAUUUAAAGUUUCAAUUUACGAGUUCAUUUUAACUUGUCUUGUCAGUGGUUCGUUAGACUUACAAAAGCUUCUGCCUGAUUUAACAAGAGGUGCCACCAUUACGAAUUUCGUAUUCAUAGCGGCAGGCGUGUGUCGGCUUCUAGAACAUGUAAGGUCAGGAGGAUCGGCUUCUCUACGAGUAGGCAAAGCAAUGUGUGGUACUUUAGACUUACACGUCAUAGAGCUUCUGCCUGAUAUAACAACAGGUGCCACCAUCGGUAUUCAUAGAUUCUCAGUUUACAUGAAGUAUAAUAUCCUUGAAACGUGUGUCUCGGCCAUGCUCAAGGAAAGCUGUGUUACUUUACAUCACCUUAGCAGGCAGCUUGGAAGAUCGCGAACUAUCAUUUGGUAACCAUUCAGGAGGACUAUUUCCGACUUUCUGGAAAUAAGAAACAUAUCAAAGCGUCAAUACCAUAUUUGCUUUAUUGCAGAGUCCUUAUGCUUUUAGUUGGGUUCAGUAGAGUGUUAAAGAUUAAACAAUAACAGCAGUAUCAAUUACGGCAUUAAUUAUAAUAAUUAUUAGCAUGAUAAUACAGUCGACUCCCGAUAACUCGAACCUUCAAGGGAAAUCAAAAAAAGGUUCGAUUUAUCGGGAUCCCGAAGAAAAUAGCCCAGAGUAAGGUAAACAACAGUUUUUAUUGCACAGUGAACAUUUUAAUCACAUUUAAUGGUAGAAAUGUCAAGUGAAAAAUAAAAGAUACUUCUAGAUUACAAAUCAGAACGUAACGUAACAAAACAUAGCCUAAAUAAAGCAUGCGUUUUACUGUUUUAAGAAGAAAAGCUGCUUCACGUUAGCCUGUGACAAUCAACAUCAGCCUCCACUAGUAAACUAUACUCCGACAACACGUCAAUAGGAAAUCCAAAAUUUAAUGUUUCGGACGCCCGUAGACGGUUUUUUUCCAGACUUUUUAAGGGCUCAAAACAUGGUUCGAGUUAUCGAGGGUAAAAUUAUGUAGAAAAUGACCUAAGGGGAAACGAAGAUUGGUUCGAGUUAGCGGGAGUUCGUGUUAUCGAGGGUUCGAGUUACCGAGGGUAAAAUUACAGUAAAUGUAUGACGGAAAUCCAGGGGAAAUCGAUUUUGGUUCGAGGUAGCGCGAGGUUCGAGUUAGUGAGGGUUCGAGUUAUCGGGAGUCGACUGUAUUAAAAUUGAUAAGAACGACUAUGGAAAUUAUCAUGGUACUGAUAAUAGAAAUGGGAAAGAUAAGGAUGGUGAAAGCGAUUACGAUGUAUGGCUUUACAUGGGCUUUUACGUUAUAACAACAGGUGCUACUAUCGCGAUUCAUUCAGCGAGACGUGCUUCAAGUUCUAGAAUCAACGUCCUGACAAGUGGGGGAGUGGGGAGUGGAGGAACUGUUAUUCCCUCAAGUUCCUCGUCGACGGUACGGUUUUACUUACUUUUUCUUGCUUAAGGUAAAAUAUUCCUGCCAUUUGAAAUGAAUGGGCAAUAACGAAAAUAAUUGCUGUAAUAAUAAUGGUACAAAUGAUCACAGCACCACUUCAACUCAGAUGCAUAGGUAAAAAAGAAUCUUUUAAAUGAGCAAAACUUCGAGGUUUACAGGGAAAUCAGGAUCAAGGAUCGAGGAUUGAGGAUCGGGGAUAAGUAAAUAAAUUGUGGAUGGUGAUGUGGGCCUUAGACUGUAGAUACAUUUCACAUAACAUAACCCCGUUCCCUGUACUGAACACUAAAUUUAAGUAAAAUACUCCGAGUCUGACUGAGUCAGUGAUCGUUUAGACGAGAAAGUCUAAAUGAAACACUUUAUCCCAGUGAUACUGUGAUAAAAUGCAUGCUGUGUACAGCUCUAAACAUUGCACUCUGAGACUGUACGGAGAUAUUAAAAGAAGAUACUGACUAAGCAGCCAUGGAAAAUGCACUUACUUUCAAGCGACUUUGAUAUCUUAAAAAACGGACAACAAAUUCAACAGGAAUACGCGCGAACUGAAUUAUCUGUCAGUUGUAUAAGGUUCCGCUAAACGUACACAUUUUUCCUGUGCUGAACAUAUACUAUACCGAGACGUAUCUUGGUCCGCUACAUAGAAGCUAUAUACAUAUACAUUUAUACUGAUAAAAAAUCAUCGUUCAAUUUUUUGAGCGUAUAAUCCCAAUGUGUUAAAUGUUGUCCAAAAUACCUCUUGAGCUCGCGAGUUUUAUAUGAGGGUACCAAUGAGGUUAACAGUUAACUGAUACUUGGCCAAAAAACAAUAGUUAGCUGAUAUUUGGCCAAAAAAUUGGUUGUUAACUGAGAAAUGAAAAGGUAACAGUUUAGUGACAACCUAUUAAUUAUACUGAAUAAAAUCGUCGAUGUUAAUGAAAGCAACAAAGGUUUUCAAACAGCAAAGCUUUCUUGUGACAUUUAUCUGCCCUGCUGAUGACCCGGUGAGAUGGCGGCAUUAACUGAUAAAAUUAUGAGCAAAAUAUACCAGGGUCCUACUAGCUAAACAGAAAGCGUCAGUCAUAGGGCUGGUUGUAGACAAUUCAACGAAUAAUUCAUAUUCUUAUGUUAACAAGAUUUCUGUUUUCGGGGAAAAAACAUUGUUUUCACGGACCCAAAAGAUCGUCAUAUUAAACAUAAUUUACUACCCAGAGAAAAAAAAAGGGGCCAUUGUUCAGUUAGACCUUGGAAAGAAGAACAUUCUGAUGGGUCAGAAAAUCAGCAUCUUUUGUCUACGUACUGGAAUUUGCACCAACAAGCAACAAUUUUUUGUAACUGGUGUUGCAGUUUUAGCUAUUAAGCUCGUGUUUAAACCAGUCUUUGUGAAACAGUUGCAUUAAAUUUUCUGAAACCUUAAGCUUUGGAUAUCUUUAUGAUCUUUUGAAAUACACGAAAAGGCACGCCUUCGAAAAAGGUAACAUACAGACACGCGAUAAAGAACUUUGACAAAGUCUGCGUGUAUGAACGCGAGGGAUGAACAAACAGCAACUGAAAACGUCAGGUGCUGAUGUUUUAUCCUCAAGGGAUAAAACUCAGAACCUCACCUAAAUCACAAUCCAGUCCCUAAUUGCUCUAUUAAAGGAACUAGACUUGUAUUUCCCGACGUGGAGGGUUGAAUUAACUUCCCAGGAUUACACUAGUUCUGGCUGGUGAUUCUUCCCUAAAACUCCUUUAGCCCGGGUGCGACCCACUACCCCUAUAAAACUGAAACGGCUCCUUCAAAAAGAACAUACAUGUAUAUUUGAAAUCAUAUUACUAGUGAUCUUUUCCUUUUCAGCCGGCCACCACUAUGCAACAAGGAAGCUUUAGGUUUCCAGAUAAUUGCCCGGAUGCAGAUUGCGGUUUUCUUGUGACUUACCAAGCCUCUGGUGAUAACAGUGUGGUUUUUGAACUAAGAGGCAGAGGAAACUGGGCAGGAGUGGGAUUUAGCGAUGAUAACCGAAUGGUAAGUAACCUUAUUCUGCAGAAUCGACUUAUCUGUAGAGGCGGACGUACGGACACAGCGAAGACGGCUACGUUAUAAGCAAAUUUCUCAAAUCCAUUAAUGUAAAGAGCUGCAGGUUGUUUUAUAAGAUUGUGCCAAUUGAUUGGACGCACUCGCGGUUAAUAGUUGAUAAUUUGUCUUUUUAACGCUAACGGUUAAUUGGUUUUCUCUUCUGCAGUUAACCUGACAAAAGUCAGUGGUUCGAAAGUUUCAAAAUAUUCAUUUUAAUGGUCCCAAAAUCAUUUUUAUGUGUAUGUCUCUUAGGAUCUUUCCGGAAAAAAAAGGAGGCUACAGGCUACAUCAUGCAGCCAUGCGGCCGAAUCACAUGAAGUCCCAGCAUUCGAUCGACCCUCUCUAAAUGGAAUGUUUUGUUUAAAACAGUCAACAUUUUUUUAGCACUAACUAGUUAACAUUUUUAUUUUUUUUUAUGCCCAACUAAUAAUAGUUUUAGCCUUGUUAUGGCCCUCUCCAAACUCUUGCCUGAGUUUUAUCUCGCUUUUCCACAGCCUGAUACAGACAUACUUAUUUGCGCCAGUGAUACCUCACUAAGUGGCCAUUAUUACGCAACAAGUAGAACAACACCAACAAGGACAGUUCCAGUAAGUCAUUUGCUGUUUUUUAUUAUUAUUAUUAUUAUUAUUAUUGGCGAUAUGGCCUUCUGAACGAUGCUAAACAUCAUACUUGAAGUUCGUUUUUUUAGUUUUCUUGCGCCCUUGCCUUUAAUUACUUUACCAUGUAGUUAUCCCAUGGUAGUGCGGCUGCCCUCUUCUUUGCUCCUCUGAUUCCAAAGCUUAUCACCAUAAUCGUUUUUUCUUACGUUUCUAUCAGACAAUAAGCAAAUGCGAACUUUUCAUUUUACUCAAGACAUUCAAUUCUACACUGUACCUGAGAUGCUGGCAUGUUUACACGCAUUCUCUUCGUAGUCACAACCUUAUAAAAUUAUACAUUUUUAUCACGAGUAGGUAAAUAAAGUAAUAUGUGUCUUGAGAACGUUUAGACAUGUACGUUUAACAGAACGUUUUGUUUUGAAAUUAAAGAAAGAAAAAGGUGACUGAGAUACAUAAAAUAGAGCAGAUGAAGCCACUCAAGAAAUUUAUCGAGGUACCAGGUUGAAUAAUCAGUUUAAUUCACAUUUGCCAAAACUUUUUAAAAUUUAUUAUUAUUUUUUUUAUAGACUCCACUCGCGGUAGAAAUCACUGACCAAUCAUUUAAUAAUGGCGUGGUGUCUUGCAGGUAAGUCAUCAUCAUCGUUGUCGUUAGUUAUCAUAGACAUCAUCAUCAAUAUAAUCAUCAUCAUGUAUGUUAUCAUGUUCUCAAAACUGUUGGAUCAUACAAAAUGCCCUGCAAAAUACAGGGAAUGGUAUUUUUGAAACCCGUAAUUUGAUUUUUUCCGGGGGAGCAUGCCCCCAGACCCCGUAGUUUUUGAGAGUCUUCGGCUCCAUAACUUUUUUCCAGUGGGUACGCCUUCUAAACUUCACCGGUUUCGCCCCUUCUUCGCAGUUGGAUUUCAAUAAGUUUUUGUUAGGAUAACAGUGGAUUAUCCGAGUCGACUAGAUUAGUGGUGAUUUUUUUUUAUCGCCAAUGGAGUUACGAUGAUACGACCAUUUAAGACAUCUUAAACAGAAAAAAACACCUUCCUCAUUCACUUGCUCCAAGCCUAAUUAAGCCAAAGACAGUCUACGAGGUCGUCUAAAAGGGAACUCUUUUAUCCUAUUAUCUUGUAUUUUACGCUCAUAAAUUAAUACGUAUGAUACUAAGUGAAUGACACUAGCAUUGCCCCAAAAAGUCAAGCCUUGUGAUGUCAGUUGUGCUUCUGUUUUGUAGAAUUACAAGGGAAGUAAACUUGAGAUUAGAGAAUUUUAGAAAUCUUGAAGAGCAUCAGUUUCUUUUGGGAGCAAUCGGUGGUUUAAGCGGUAAGAAAAUACCUUAUACGUUAAUUAGCAAGUUUUUAAAGUUCUAAAUUACGAGGUUACACGAGGAGAUACAUUUUAACUUGUCUUGCAUUUUUUUGCUGCCCAGAAGGCCCCAAAAUUUCCGGUCGUAGUAACAUCAUUCUACAGCAGUUUUAUCAGUAAGAGAAAUUUUACUUUAGGUGUGCUUAAUUCACGGAGUAACCUCUCUUGGAACAUGCCUCGCAUGCUGCAAUAAAAUUUCGAUCAAUGAUAGGAAAAUGGAAUAGUGAAUUCUCGUACAUGAACGGCUUAUUAAUUAUAGUCAUUGCCUUAUGGAUAAGAACUAGUAGGAUAAUCUCAUUAUAUAGCUUGUGAGCUUGGAGUACUGGUGGUUUCGCCCAUAUUUGCGUGGCAAGUUUCAGGCUAUUCAGAUGUCUUGGCCAAUGUGAACAAUUAUUGGGCAAACUGACAUCUCACUAUUUCGGACAUUCAGUGCUAAACCCAAUAAUGACUGUCUUAUAAGACAGAGUUUACAAUGGUACGUUAGACUUACAAAAGUUUCGGCCUGCUUUAACAACAGGUGCCACCAUCGGUAUUCAUGAACAGGCGUGUGUCGGCUUCUAGAGCAUGUAAGGUCAGGAGGAUCUGCUUUUCUACGAGUAGGCAAAGAAAAAUGUAUUAAAAUUACUUUGUGCACCAACUUCCGAGUUUCCCGCUACAUUUUUGUUGCAAAAAAACGCUCUUAAGCUAAACUAUUUUUUCCAGAGAUAAUUGCAAGGAAAAUUCAGUUCUGGAGUGGUACAUUGAGCAGUGUCUCUUGAAACUUGUCUCGCAGCUGCAGCCCAGCACAACUGCGAUAAGAUAUGAAACAUGUUUCUGGGACGUGAUAAGGGAGCUCUGUUGGAGAAGCACGUCCCCUCGUGUGACAAAAUGUUUCUCCUCCAUAAUGCGUGGAAUGCAACUCGUAAAAUCUUUGCACCAAGAAGCGGGGACAAAAUGGCCUAGAUUCUCAGUAUGAAUGAAGUAGAAUAUCCUUGAUACGUGACCAUUAGUGUGUCUCGGCCUUGGUCAAGGAAAUCUGUCUUUCUCUACAUCACCUUAACUGGCAGCUUGGAAGAUCGUGAACUCUCAUUUGGUCACUAUUCUGAAGCGCUAUUUCAGAGUUUCUGGAAAUAAGAAACAUAUACCGCCAAUAUCAUAUUUGCUUUAUUGCAGAGUCCUUUCAGAGUACAGUACAGAGUUAAAGAUUAAACAAUAACAGCAGUAUCAUUUACGACAUUAAUAGUUAUUAUUAUUAUAAUGAUAAUAUUAAAAUUGAUAAGACUGAUAAUAAAAAUUAUCAUGGUACUGAUAAUAGAAAUGGAAAUGAUAAGGAUGGUGAAAGCGAUUGAGAUAUAUGGCUUUACAUGAGCUUUAACGUUAUAACAACAGGUGCUACUAUCGGGAUUCAUUCAGAGAGACGUGCUUCAAGUUCUAGAAUCAACGUCGUCCUGAGAAGUGGGAGACUUCCCUCAAGUUCCUCGCCGACGGUACGGUCUGACUUACUUUUUCUUGCUUAAGAUCAAAUAUUCCUGCCAUACGAAAUGAGUGGGCAAUAUCGCUGAUUAAUGACUGUGAUAAUAAUGGUACAAAUUAUCACAGCACCACUUCAACUCAGAUGCACCGGAUAAAAAGAGAAAGAGAUUGCUUCAGUAGAAUUUGGUAGCUUUAUUAUAGCAAGAAUAUAGUAAAUGAGAAUGGAAAAACGCACAUGAGAUUUUGAGCACCUCCUCAAAUCAGAUGCACUGGAUAGUAAAAAGAGAAAAAAUUGCUUCAGUAGAGUUUGGUAGCUGUUUAUACGUGGUCUCAAAGAUGAAAACCUCAAUUUAGAAAUUUAGAAUCUUCAAUUGGAAAGAGUCAAUAAGACAAGGCUACUAGGAGUGAAAUUCCAAGAGAAGUCAAAUUGGAAUGAUCUUGUCGAGAACAUCGCCAGUGCUUCUUAUGGAGUCUUACGCACAUUGCGAAAAUUGAAACCUUUUCGCUCUAUUAAAGAAACUAGACUUGUAUUUCCCUAUGUGGAGGGUUGAAUGAACUUCUAAGGAUUAUAUAAUUAUACUGGCGGGUGAUUCUUCCCUAAAACUCCUUAAAACUGGGUGCGUUCGUUCUACCUACCACGCCUGUACAACUGAAACGGCUCCUUCAAAAAGACCAUACAUAUAUAUUUGAAAACACAUUACUUGUGACCUUUCCCUUUUCAGCCGGCCACCACUAUGGAACAGCCGAGAAGCUUUAGGUUUCCAGAUAAUUGCCCGGAUGCAGAUUGCGAUUUUCUUGUGACAUACCAAGCCUCUGGUGAUUAUCGGGUGGUUAUUGAGCUAAGAGGCAGAGGAAACUGGGCAGGGGUGGGAUUCAGUGGUGAUAAUCAAAUGGUAAGCAACCUUAAUCUGCACGAUUAACUUAUCUGUUGAGGCAGGCGUAUAAGCAGGAAGUAAUGAAAGGCGAUUGCUUCAUGAGCAAAUUUUUCGCAUCCAAAAAUUCAAAAAAUAGAGGUUGUUUUCUAAGAGUGAGUGUGCCAGUGGAUUGGAGGCACUCGCGGUUAGCGGUUAAUAAAUUUGUCUUUUUAACGCUAACGUUUAAUUGUUUUUCUGUAAUACUGCAGUUAACCGCGAAAAUAACCUUACAAAAGUCAGUUGUUUUAAAAGUUCAUAAUUAAACUUUUAAUGGUCCCAAAAUCACUCUAAUUUAUUUGUAAGUCUCUUAGGAUAUUUCCCGGAUAAAAAGGCUGAAACAGGCUACAUCAGCCAAGAACCGAAUCACAUACAUUCCCAACAUGCGAUUGACACUCUCUAAAUGACAUGUUGUGGUUAGAAAAAUGUUUAUCAAUCAACUUUUUUUACGCCCAACUAGUUUCUAAUAAUUUUAGCCUUGUUGAGGCUCUUUCUAACUCUUACCUCCACAGCCUAAUACCGACAUACUUAUUUGCGCUAGUGAUACCUCACUGAGUGGCCAUUAUUACGCAACAGCUAGAACAACACCAACUAGGACAGUUCCAGUAAGUCAUUUAUUGCUAUUUUUUAUUAUUGGCGAUGUAGCCAGUUCGGUUUCUUGCUCGCUUGGCUUUAAUUAGUUCUCAUCAUAUUUAUUUAGCAUGUAGUUAUCGCAAGUUACGACUUCAGCCGCCCGACCUUUGCUUCUCUCUGAUUCCAAAGCUCAUCUUCGCCAUUGUCGCUUUUUCUCCCGUUUCUAUCGGACUAUAAGCACGUGCGAAAUUUCAUUUUACUCAGUCUAAGCUCUUUCUACACUUCUGUACCUGAGAUACUGGCAUGUUUUUACAAAUUUUAACGCAUUCUCUUCGUGGUCACAACAGUAUAUACAGUUUUAUCACGAGUAAGUAAAAUAGAGUAAUAUAUUUCGAGAACGUUCAGACAUGUACGUUUAACAGAACGUUUUGUUUUAAGAUUAAAUUAAAAGAAAAAGGUGACUGAGAUACAUAACAUAGAGAAGAUGAAGCCGCUCAAGAAAUUUACCGAGGUACCAGGUUGAAUCGUGAGAUCAACUCUUAUUAGCCAAAACCUUUUAUUUUUUAUUAUUAAAUAUUUUUUAUAGGCUCCACUCGCGGUGCAAAUCACUGACCAAUUAUUUAAUGGUGGCGUGGUGUCUUGCAGGUAACGUAUCAUCAUCAUCAUCGUCGUUAAUUAUCAUAGACAUCCUAUUCAUUAUCAAUAUAAUCAUAUCAUUAUAUUUAGCAAUUAUUCGCCGAAGGCGAAGUAAAUAUUGUUGAAUAAUUCGUCUCGGGGAUUAUUCAACAAUAUUAACUGAGCCUGAGGUGAACAAUUGCUUUAGUAUAUUCACACGAAGUGAUCUCAACAGAAUCAGAAAGGAAACCUUUAAAAAAUAUAUUGGGUGAGUUUGAUUGACGGGUGAAUUCAUGCGUGAACACGAAGCCGUUAAUAGUGGAUGCGCAAAAGUUAGAUCUUUACAGUAUCUUCAAACAUGGCAAAUGAUAGUUUUAAUCUUUCUGUAUCGAUUGUUGUACCUUUAGCAUCAACGGUUUAAAAGAAAACGUCGAAAAUUUAAAUUACUCCCUAAUUCUGAGAAGAAAAGUAGAGCUUUAUUUGUUUUUGUCAACUCACUGUGAAUGAGAAAGUUUUAUUUGUCGCUUUCUCCAAAAUGCUAUCAACAGCGGCUACGAUCAAGGUGAGCGUUGUUUAUCUGUAGUGUUCUUUGCCUUGUUAACUUGCUGGCACUUACAGUUUUCGAAAAUAUUUGCCUUCCUUUUUUCUCCAUAAAUUGACUUCUAUUUAUAGGCAAAAUUGGUCUUGCGAGAAAAUCCCGAAAUCACAAAACAGUAACAAAGAGGCCUCGUUUUCCUCUGUAGUGGGAAACAUAGCUUCGAAAGUACCAAAAGUCAGCUACAGUAAACCACUUCACAAUAAAUUAAAAUCACGCUGUUUAAACACCAUGAAGUCUUUCCCUACCUUGAAAGUCAUCAACACUUGGAAAUUCUUGUAGUUUCAAAAAGCUCUUACUAUGUAACUUUGGCAAAACACCCAGUUCACGACAGCGAUUUUGUUCUACUUUAUAUUCACCGCCUAGCGCGGUGAAUAUUUAACAUUUAUUCCUCGAGCCCGAAUGGGCUCUGAGUCAUUCCGGCUCGAAGAAUAAAUGUUUAGUAAAAUCCAAGUAGUUGGUCAUAAAUUUCGAGAAAAAACAACUUUAGUUAGCAAAACGUGAUUCAGCCGCCAUUGUUUUGGUUUUCAAAGUCGGCGCUUUUCGCUGCUAGUGGGCUAUAACAUAUAGCCUAGUAGAAGCUCAACCAAUCUGAACGCAGCAUUGAUAAUAGACCACUAGUUGGAUUUUGCUAAAACGUCAUAGUCCGAGAUAGCGAGCCAAUCAGAUUGCUUGAAUCACCAAGAUCACUGAGUGUGUACUAAUAUCAUAUUCUCAAAACUGUUGGAUCAUAUUCAUUUACUGAAAAUGCCCUGCAAAAUGCAGGAAAUGGCAUUUGCGACACCCUUAAUUUAAAUGUUUUCUGGGGGAACAUGCCCCAGACCCCCUGGUUUGAAGCGCCUUCAGCUUUCUAACUUUCUUCACGCUGAUUUCUCUCACAUUUCGACCUUGAUUUGCAGUUGGAAUUCGAUAAGUUCUUGUUAGGAUAACAGGGGAUUUUACGCGCGUAAAUACGUAAGGCAAUACCACAACCAUUCCCUAAAAUGUAGCCUAGUGCAUGAUGUCAAUUGUGUUACUGUUUUAUAGAAUUACAAGGGAAAUAAACCCGGUAUCAGCGAAUUUUAGAAAUCUUGAAGAGCAGCAGUUUCUUUUGGGAGCAAUCGGGGAUUUAAACGGUAAGAAAAUAUCUGAUACGUUAAUUAGGAAAUUUAAAGUUUCAAUUUACGAGUUCAUUUUAACUUGUCUUGCAGUUUUUUUUUACUGCAAAAAGGGACCAAAAUUUCCGGUCAUAACAUCAUUAUUCUACAGCCGUUUUAUCAGUUAGAGAAUUGUUAUUAAAGGUGUGCUUACUUCACUGAGUAACUUCUCUUGGAACUUGCCUCGCAUGUUGCAAUGAAACUUCGAUCAAUUAUAGGAAAAAGUAAUAAUUAUGGUACAACGUCUUAUAAAUUAUAAUUGUUGUCGUAUGGAUCAGAACUAGUAGGAUAAUCGCAUUAUGUAACUUGUGCCCUUGAGCUACUGGUGGUUUCACCCAUCUUUGCGAGCCACUCUUUAAAGGCAAGUUUCAAGCUAUAUGACGGUCUUGGCCAAUGUAAACAUUUAUUGGGCACACUACUGACAUCUCUCUAUUUCGGAUAUUCAGUGCUAAACCCGAUAUUGGUGACUGUCUUAGACAGAGUUUACAGUGGCACGUUAGACUUACAAAAGCUUCUGCCUGAUUUAACAAGAAGUGCCACCAUUCCGUUUCGUAUUCAUAGCGGCAGGCGUGUGUCGGCUUCUAGAACAUGUAAGGUCAGGAGGAUCGGCUUCUCUACGAGUAGGCAAAGCAAUGUGUGGUACUUUAGACUUACACGUCAUAGAGCUUCUGCCUGAUAUAACAACAGGUGCCACAAUCGGUAUUCAUAGAUUCUCAGUUUACAUGAAGUAUAAUAUCCUUGAAACGUGUGCCUCGGCUGUGCUCAAGGAAAGCUGUGUUACUUUACAUCACCUUAGCAGGCAGCUUGGAAGAUCGCGAACUAUCAUUUGGUCACCAUUUAGGAGGACUAUUUCCGACUUUCUGGAAAUAAGAAACAUAUCAAAGCGUCAAUGUCAUAUUUGCUUUCUUGCAGAGUCCUUAUGCUUUUAGUUGGGUUCAGUACAGUGUUAAAGAUUAAACAAUAACAGCAGUAUCAAUUACGGCAUUAAUAAUAAUAAUAAUUAUUAGCAUGAUAAUACAGUCGACUCCCGAUAACUCGAACCUUCAAGGGAAAUAAAAAAAAAGGUUCGAGUUAUCGUGAGUUCGAGUUAUCGGGAUCCCGAAGAAAGUAGCCGAGAGUAAGGUAAACAACAGUUUUUAUUGCACAGUGAACAUUUUAAUCACAUUGUAGAAAUGUCAAGUGAAAAGUAAAAGAUACUUCUAGAUUACAAAUCAGAACGUAACGUAACAAAACAUAGCCUAAAUAGAGCAUGCGUUUUACUGUUUUGAGAAGAAAAGCUGCUUCACGUUAGCCUGUGACAAUCAACAUCAGCCUCCACUGGUAAACUAUACUCCGACAAAACGUCAAUAGGAAAUCCAAAAUUCAAUGUUUCGGACGCCCGUAGACGGCUUUUUUCCCGACUUUCUAAGGGCUCAAAACAUGGUUCACCGAGUCUAUUUAUCGAGGGUAAAUUUAUAUAGAAAAAGACCUAAGGGGAAACGAAAAUUGGUUCGAGUUAGCGGGAGUUCGUGUUAUCGAGGGUUCGAGUUACAGAGGGUAAAAUUACAGUAAAUGUAUGACGGAAAUCCAGGGGAAAUCGAUUUUGGUUCGAGUUAGCGCGAGGUUCGAGUUAGCGAGGGUUCGAGUUAUCGGGAGUCGACUGUAUUAAAAUUGAUAAGAACGACGAUGGAAAUUAUCAUGGUACUGAUAAUAGAAAUGGGAAAGAUAAGGAUGGUGAAAGCGAUUACGAUAUAUGGCUUUACAUGAGCUUUUACGUUAUAACAACAGGUGCUACUAUCGCGAUUCAUUCAGCGAGAAGUGCUUCAAGUUCUAGAAUCAACGUCCUGACAAGUGGGGGAGUGGGGAGUGGAGGAACUGUUAUUCCCUCAAGUUCCUCGUCGACGGUACGGUUUUACUUACUUUUUCUUGCUUAAGGUAAAAUAUUCCUACCAUUUGAAAUGAAUGGGCAAUAACGAAAAUAAUUGCUGUAAUAAUAAUGGUACAAAUGAUAACAGCACAACUUCAACUCAGAUGAAUAGGUAAAAAAGAGAAAGAACGUACUUUAGUAGAGUUUGGUUGCUGUUUAUAUUAUAGCAAGCAUAUAGCAAGUGAGAACAGAAAUAAGCAUGUGAGAUUUUUAGCGCCCCUUCAAAUCAGAGGCACUAAAUAAAAAGAGAAAAAAUUGCUCCAGUAGGGUUUGGUAGCUAGUUAGUCGAGCUUGCUUUAGCAGAGCGAGACUUUAAAAAUGCAGGCGUUUCUUUUUUUUUCUUUGUCUGUCAGCACCAAAUAGUAGGCCAGGCGUUCCUAGUGGAGAGCUUGGAAACUGAAGAUAAAAUUCUUGACGACUUUCAUUGUAUGCAAAUGAAUCUCGUAAUGAGCAUGCUGUUUAUUUUCAGCGAUGACUGAAAUGACGCAUAUAGGUUGAUCACGUUUUCGCUGUUUGGCAAUGAUGUAAUUUUCUCCGAAUCGAGGCCCUUGAUUUUCGUGUAAUUAUGCACGACAUGCACGCGUAUUAAAAAGUAAAUAUUAUGAGUAGGAUAAGAAAAUAUUAUAGUGGGAAAAUUCUGUUUCGCGGUGUAUUGAGGCGUUACGUUUCUCAGAAUAUUGUCGCAAUUACUGAGACGCUACGGUUAAAUAGAUUCACUUUGUUGUAUGUAUUUGAUUGAUAGAUUUUCUGUUAUAAAUACUUAAGAUAACAAUGAUUUAAACUUUAAGUACAACUACCCGCCUGACGCUAGUGUAUGUGUCACGGAUGUGUUUAUACGGGUAGCUUUGUACUUGACUAUCACGUACUCUAGUUGCAGCACUUCAUGUCUAUAGAAUAGAUAUCUCAUAUCGAACUUUUCCGGAACGGUACAGGAAUUCUAUCGCUUGAAAGCGUUGAUUACAUUGGAACAAGAUAUUACUUCAGUGGUCGAAAAAAAAAGAUUAAUCUUUUAAAUGAGCAAAACUUCGAGGUUUACUGGGAAAUCAGGAUCAAGGAUCGAGGAUUGAGGAUCGGGGAUAAGUAAAUAAAUCGUGGAUCGUGGUGAUGUGGGCCGUCGACUGUAGAUACAUUUCACAUAACAUAACCCCGUUCGCUGUACUGAACACUAAAUUUAAGUAAAAUACUCCGAGUCUGACUGAGUCAGUAAUCGUUUGAACGAGAAAGUCAAAUUUUUCUGGAAAAUGAAACACUUUAUCCCAGUGAUACUGUGAUAAAAUGCAUGCUGUGUACAGCUCUGAACAUUGCACUCUGAGACUGUACGGAGAUAUUAAAAGAAGAUACUGACUAAGCAGCUAUGGAAAAUGCAAUUACUUUCAAGCGACUUUGAUAUCUUAAAAAACGGACAACAAAUUCAACAGGAAUACGCGCGAACUGAAUUAACUGUCAGUUGUAUAAGGUUCCGCAAAACGUACACAUUUUUCCUGUGCUGAACAUAUACUUUAUUAUAUACAUACUGAGAAAUACUCACCAAAAAGCUAUGUCGUAAAUUUUCGUACGCAAAUUAGUUCUAGCCAAUCAGAGUUGCGAACGAUGGUUUUCACACGUGAAAAAAAUGAUACGUCCAAUCAGAAUCGCGAGCGAUGUUUUUUCACGUGUGAGAAAAAUGAUACGUCCAAUCAGAGGCGACAGAGGUGUGUGAGUUUCGCGCCAAAAUUCCCGCCUUUUAUUGCAACUUGCGGCGCCGCUUCGCACACAUUCAACGAGAAAAGUUUUACUCAAAGAGUUUUUCUCGCUAAAAAAGUGAAAAACAUUUUGGAAAUGGAGUGGAAUAGUUUCGUUUGUGUCACUGUCGAUAAAGAAAACGGCAGAGAGCCGGCGAAACAACAGCGGAAAGGGAAAAACAGAACGAGACGUAAGCUUUUGUUGUGCUUUUUGUCGGAGCUACUUUGCCUUUCAUUUAAGCUUAAGCUUAUAUUGAAACCGGCCAUUUUACUUAAAUUCACUCAUUUUCAAUUGUGCAUUGACAACAAACAGUGAAGAUCACUUAUAGUUCUUGGAUUACCUCAUAUCCUUACCGUCAUUUAUGUUGUUAACAAACGUUUUUACUAAAAAGCUGAUACUUCGUUUUCGUUGUCAUUUUGCGGCAAGUGUGUAGCGGCAAAUAAGCAUUUUUGAAAGAUUUAAAAUAAAAAGGCCGCCAAAAUGAUGAAUGUCUCGGUAUGUAUAUAAUAAACACAAUACCAUAUGGAAAGUGCUUUGUACGGUAUUUACGCACUCGUUGUUUUUGUAUCAGAAAUCUUACUCGUUCGCUGCGCUCACUCGUUCGAUUUCUGAUUCGUCAACAACUCGUGCGUAAAUACCGUACGACAGCACUUUCCAUGAAGUAUUCUCUAUAUACCGAGACGUAUCUUGGUCCGCUACAUAGAAGCUAUAUACAUAUACAUUAUACUGAUAAAAAAUCAUUGUUCAAUUUUUUGAGCGUAAAAUCCCAAUGUGUUAAAUGUUGUCCAAAAUACCUCUUGAGCUCGCGAGUUUUAUAUGAGGGUACCAAUGAGGUUAACAGUUAACUGAUACUUGGCCAAAAAACAAUAGUUAGCUGAUAUUUGGCCAAAAAAUUGGUGGUUAACUGAGAAAUGAAAAGGUAACAGUGACAUCCUAUUAACUAUACUGAAUAAAAUCGUCGAUGUUAAUUGUGAUGAACAAUGAACAUUCAAUCAAAGAGAACUUGAUUACGUAAUUAAGCUUAGUUUUGUUUUGAUUUAGAUAAGAUACGUUUCUGUUCUGUUUCAUUUAUCGAGUUUUUACGCCCCUAUUUUCUUGUACUAUUGUUCACAGUUUGAAUCAAUUACGUAGUUAACCAUUCCUGUUUUCUAACCGGUUUUACAACUGUACACGUGAAUUGUAGUCUUAUCAGAGAACGCCCCUUUAGUUUUUGGGGAGUUGGAGUUAGGAGAUCUACGGAGCAACGUCGGAGUUUUCAGAGCGGUUUUAUCUUUUUCGGAGUUACGUAACGUUGGAGUUUCUCUAGCCCUUAAGACAGGAUCAGACGUAAGUUUCAGCUUAUUGUAUUUAGUUUUCGUUUUCCUUUCAAUUUUGCUUCUUUUGUAAUUAGCCUCAGCCCCUUUUUUGAUCUUGUACAUUGUAAUUUCCCCUUUUAGUUUUCACCGCAUGUGUACAAUAAUUCAGACGAGUUGGUGAUCGUAUUAAAUGCUGUUGAGUCAACUUGUGCUGUUAAAUUUUAUACUGUGGUUGACACUUCCCGAUCUCCAGUGCACAACAUCCCGUGUCCGCUGCACUGGGUACGCGACAUUAAUGAAAGCAACAAAGGUUUUCAAACAGCAAAGCUUUCUUGUGACAUUUAUCUGCCCUGCUGAUGACCCGGUGAUAUGGCGGCAUUAACUGAUAAAAUUAUGUGCAAAAUAUACCAGGGUCCUACUAGCUAAACAGAAAGCGUCAGUCAUAGCGCUGGUUGUAGACAAUUCAACGAAUAAUUCAUAUUCUUAUGUUAACAAGAUUUCUGUUUUCGGGGAAAAAAAAACAUUGUUUUCACGGACCCAAAAGAUCGUCAUAUUAAACAUAAUUUACUACCCAGAGAAAAAAGACGUGACUAUUGUUCAGUUAGACCUUGGAAAGAAGAACAUUCUGAUGGGGCAGAAAAUCAGCAUCUUUUGUUUACGUACUGGAAUUUACACAAACAAGCAACAAUUUUUUGUAACUGAUGUUGCAGUUUUAGCUAUUAAGCUCGUGUUUAAACCAGUCUUUGUGAAACAGUUGCAUUAAAAUUUCUGAAACCUUAAGCUUUGGAUAUCUUUAUGACCUUUUGAAAUAAACGAAAAGGCACGCCUUCGAAAAAGGUAACAUACAGACACGCGAUAAAGAACUUUGACAAAGUCUGCGUGUAUGAACGCGAGGGAUGAACAAACAGCAACUGAAAACGUCAGGUGCUGAUGUCUUAUCCUCAAGGGAAAAAACUCAGAACCUCACCUAAAUCAUAAUCCAGUCCCUAAUUGCCCUAUCAAAGAAACUAGACUUGUAUUUCCCGAUGUGGAGGGUUGAAUUAACUUCCCAGGAUUACACUAGUGCUGGCUAGUGAUUCUUUCCUAAAACUCCUUUAACCCGGGUGCGACCCACUACCCCUGUAAAACUGAAACGGCUCCUUCAAAAAGAACAUACAUGUAUAUUUGAAAUCAUAUUACUAGUGAUCUUUUCCUUUUCAGCCGGCCACCACUAUGCAACAAGGAAGCUUUAGGUUUCCAGAUAAUUGCCCAGAUGCAGACUGCGAUUUUCUUGUGAAUUACCAAGCCUCUGGUGAUAACAGUGUGGUUUUUGAACUAAGAGGCAGAGGAAACUGGGCAGGAGUGGGAUUUAGCGAUGAUAACCAAAUGGUAAGUAACCUUAGCCUGUAGAAUCGAUUUAUCUGUAGAGGCGGACGUACGGACGCAGGGAAGGACAGUUACGUGAUAAGCAUCUCAAAUCCAUUAAUGAAAAGAGCUACAGGUUGUUUUAUAAGAGUGUGCCAAUUGAUUGGACGCACUCGCGGUUAGUAGUUGAUAAUUUGUCUUUUUAACGCUAACAGUUAAUUGGUUUUCUCUUCUGCAGUUAACCGAAACUAACAUAACAAAAGUCAGUUGUUCCAAAAUUUCAAAAUAUUCAUUUUGAUGGUCCCAAAAUCACUUUUAUUUGUAGGUCUCUUAGGACCUUUCCCGGAUAAAAAAAGAGGCUACAGGCUACAUCAUGCAGCCAUGCGGCCGAAUCACAUGAAGUCCCAGCAUUCGAUCGACCCUCUCUAAAUGGAAUGUUUUGUUUAAAACAGUCAACAUUUUUUAAGCACUAACUAGUAACAUUUUUAUUUUUUUUUUAUGCCCAACUAAUAAUAAUUUUAGCCUUGUUAUGGCCCUCUCCAAACUCUUGCCUGAGUUUUAUCUCGCUUUUCAACAGCCUGAUACAGACAUACUUAUUUGCGCCAGUGAUACCUCACUAAGUGGCCAUUACUACGCAACAGAUAGAACAACACCAGCAAGGACAGUUCCAGUAAGUCAUUUGCCUUUUUUUUUUUUUUUAUUAUUGGCGAUAUGGCCUUCGGAACGUUGCUAAACAUCAUAAUUGAAGUUCGUUUUUUUUAGUUUUCUUGCGCCCUUGCCUUUAAUUAGUUUACCAUGUAGUUAUCCCAUGGUAGUGCGGCUGCCAUCUUCUUUGCUCCUCUCUGAUUCCAAAGCUUAUCACCAUAAUCGUUUUUUCUUACGUUUCUAUGAGAUAAUAAGCACAUGCGAAAUUUUCAUUUUACUCAAGACGUUGAAUUCUACACUGUACCUGAGAUGCUGGCAUGUUUACACGCAUUCUCUUCGUAGUCACAACCUUAUAUACAGUUUUAUCACGAGUAGGUAAAUAAAGUAAUAUGUGUCUUGAGAACGUUCAGACAUGUACGUUUAACAGAACGUUUUGUUUUGAAAUUAAAGAAAGAAAAAGGUGACUGAGAUACAUAAAAUAGAGCAGAUGAAGCGACUCAAGAAAUUUAUCGAGGUACCAGGUUGAAUAAUCAGUUCAAUUCACAUUUGCCAAAACUUUUUAAAAUUUAUUGUUAAUUUUUUUAUAGACUCCACUUGCGGUAGAAAUCACUGACCAAUCAUUUAAUAAUGGCGUGGUGUCUUGCAGGUAAGUCAUCAUCAUCGUUGUCGUUAGUUAUCAUAGACAUCAUCAUCAAUAUAAUCAUCAUCAUGUAUGUUAUCAUGUUCUCAAAACUGUUGGAUCAUACAAAAUGCCCUGCAAAAUACAGGGAAUGGCAUUUUCGAAAUCCUUAAUUUGAUUUUUUUCCGGGGGAGCAUGCCCCAAGACAACGUAGUUUUUGAGCUUCUUCGGCUCCCUAACUUUCUUCCAGUGCGUACACCUUCUAAACUUCAUCGGUUUCGCCCCUUCUUCGCAGUUGGAUUUCAAUAAGUUUUUGUUAGGAUAACAGGGGAUUAUCCUAGUCGACUGGAUUAGUGGUGAUUUUUUUAAUCGCCAAUGGAGUUACGAUGAUACGACCAUUUAAGACAUCUUAAACAGAAAAAAACACCUCCCUCAUUCACUUGCUUCAAGCCUAAUUAAGCCAAAGACAGUCUACGAGGUCGUCAAAAAGGGAACUCUUUUAUCCUAUUGGCCACUCCAGAAAAUACCAUAACAUACCAUAAUGCUUUUUGAUUGUCGCCCCAAAGUUUUGCAUAAGCAUUGUCUUCAGUUUCUCUUGGGAGUUAAAAUGGCCCCAAGAGAAACUGAAAACAAUGCUUAUGCAAAAUUUUGGGGUGACAAACAAAGAACAUUAUGGUAUGUUAUGGUAUUUCUGGAGUGGUCAAUUAUCUUGUAUUUUACGCUCAUAAAUUAAAACGUAUGAUACUAAGUGAAUGACACUAGCAUUGCCCCAAAAAGUCAAGCCUUGUGAUGUCAGUUGUGCUUCUGUUUUGUAGAAUUACAAGGGAAGUAAACCCGAUAUUAGAGAAUUUUAGAAAUCUUGAAGAGCAUCAGUUUCUUUUGGGAGCAAUCGGUGGUUUAAGCGGUAAGAAAAUACCUUAUACGUUAAUUAGCAAGUUUUUAAAGUUCUAAAUUACGAGGUUACACGAUGAGAUACAUUUUAACUUGUCUUGCAUUUUUUUGCUGCCCAAAAGGCACCAAAUGUCCGGUCAUAACAACAUUAUUUUACAGCAGUUUUAUCAGUAAGAGAAAUUUUACUUUAGGGGUGCUUAAUUCGCAGAGUGACUUCUCUUGGAACGUGCUUCGCGUGUUGCAAUAAAAUUUCGAUCAAUUAUAGAAAAAUGGAAUACUGAAUUCUCGUACAUGACCCGCUUAUUAAUUAUGGAUAUUGCCGUAUAGAUAAGAAAUAGUAGGAUAAUCUCAUUAUAUAGCUUGUCAGCUUGGGCUACUGGUGGUCUCGCCUAUUUUUGCUUGGAAAGUUUCAAGCUAUUCAAAUGUCUUGGCCAAUGUGAACAAUUAUUGGGCAAACUGUCAUCUCACUAUUUCGGACAUUCAGUGUUAAACCCAAUAAUGACUGUCUUAGAGAGAGUUUACAGUAGUACGUUAGACUUACAAAAGUUUCGGCCUGUUUUAACAACAGGUGCCACCAUCGGCACUCAUGGACAGGCAUGUGUCGGCUUCUAGAGCAUGUAAGGUCAGGAGGGUCUGCUUUUCUACGAGUAGGCAAAGAAAGAUGCAUUAAAAUUACUUUGUGAACCAACUUCCGAGUUUCCCGCUACAUUUUUGUUGCAAAAAAAAGGCUCUUAAGCGAAACUAUUUUUGCCAGAGAUAAUUGCAAGGAAAACUCAAUUCUGGAGUGGUACAUUGAGCAGUGUCUCUUGAAACUUGUCUCGCAGCUGCAGCCCAGCACAACUGCGAUGAAAUAUGAAACAUGUUUGUGGGACGUGAUAAGGGAGGUCUGUUGGAGAAGCACGUCCCCUCGUGUGAAAAAAUGUUUCUCCUCCAUAAUGCGUGGAAUGCAACUCGUAAAAUUUUUGCAUCAAGAAGCGGGGACAAAAUAACCUAGAUUGUCAGUAUAAAUGAAGUAGAAUAUCCUUGAUACGUGACCAUUAGCGUGUCUCGGCCUUGCUCAAGGAAAGCUGUCUUUCUCUACAUCACCAUAACUGGCAGCUCGGAAGAUCGUGAACUCUCAUUAAUUUGGUCACUAUUUGGAAGCGCUAUUUCAGACACUCUGGAAAUAAGAAACAUAUACCGCCAAUAUCAUAUUUGCUUUAUUGCAGAGUCCUUUCAGAGUACAGUACAGAGUUAAAGAUUAAACAAUAACAGCAGUAUCAUUUACGACAUUAAUAGUUAUUAUUAUUAUAAUGAUAAUAUUAAUUGAUAAGACUGAUAAUAGAAAUUAUCAUGGUACUGAUAGUAGAAAUGGAAAUGAUAAGGAUGGUGAAAGCGAUUGAGAUAUAUGCCUUUACAUGAGCUUUAACGUUAUAACAACAGGUGCUACUAUCGGGAUUCAUUCAGAGGGACGUGCUUCAAGUUCUAGAAUCAACGUCGUCCUGAGAAGUGGG